AUGGCCGGCGCCCCCAGCGCGCUGCGCCUGGCGCUCCUGCUGCUCGGGGCGGUGGGCAGGGCCGGCCCCCGCCCCCAGGGUGCCACCGUGUCCCUCUCAGAGACGGUGCAGAAAUGGCGAGAGUACCGACGCCAGUGCCAGCGCUUCCUGAUUGAGGCUCCACCUCCGGCUACAGGCCUAUUCUGCAACCGGACCUUUGAUGACUACGCCUGCUGGCCAGAUGGGUCUCCAGGUUCCUUUGUGAAUGUCAGCUGCCCCUGGUACCUGCCCUGGGCCAGCAGCGUGCUUCAGGGUCAUGUGUACCGGUUCUGCACAGCAGAGGGCCUCUGGCUGCACAAGGACAAUUCCAGCCUGCCCUGGAGGGACCUGUCAGAGUGUGAGGAGUCCAAGCGAGGGGAGAAGAGCUCCCUGGAAGAGCAGCUCCUGUCCCUUUAUGUCAUCUACACGGUGGGCUACGCACUGUCCUUCUCCGCCUUGGUCAUUGCCUCAGCCAUCCUCCUCAGCUUCAGGCACCUGCACUGCACCCGGAACUAUAUCCACUUGAACUUGUUUGCAUCCUUCAUCCUUCGAGCACUGUCUGUCUUCAUCAAGGACGCUGUCCUCAAGUGGAUGUACAGCACAGCUGCCCAGCAGCACCAGUGGGAUGGACUCCUCUCCUACCAGGACUCUCUGGGCUGCCGUCUGGUGUUCCUGCUCAUGCAGUACUGCGUGGCGGCCAAUUACUACUGGCUGCUGGUGGAAGGCGUGUACCUGUACACGCUGCUGGCCUUCUCGGUUUUCUCGGAGCAGCGCAUCUUCCGGCUUUAUCUGAGCAUAGGCUGGGGUGUUCCCCUGCUGUUUGUUAUCCCCUGGGGCAUUGUCAAGUACCUCUAUGAGGAUGAGGGUUGCUGGACCAGGAACUCAAACAUGAACUACUGGCUUAUUAUCCGACUGCCCAUUCUCUUUGCCAUUGGGGUGAACUUCCUCAUCUUCAUCCGGGUCAUCUGCAUUGUGGUGUCCAAACUGAAGGCCAAUCUCAUGUGCAAGACAGACAUCAAAUGCAGGCUUGCCAAGUCUACUCUGACGCUCAUCCCUCUGCUGGGAACCCACGAGGUCAUCUUUGCCUUUGUGAUGGAUGAGCAUGCCCGGGGCACCCUACGCUUCAUCAAACUGUUCACAGAGCUAUCCUUCACCUCCUUCCAGGGGCUGAUGGUGGCCAUCUUGUACUGCUUUGUCAACAACGAGGUCCAGAUGGAGUUUCGGAAGAGCUGGGAGCGCUGGCGACUGGAGCAUUUGCAUAUCCAGAGGGACAGCAGCAUGAAGCCCCUCAAAUGUCCCACCAGCAGCCUGAGCAGUGGGGGCACAGUGGGUAGUAGUGUGUAUGCAGCCACCUGCCAGGCCUCUUGUAGCUGA